AUCCAACCUUCAAUUUCAGUUUCGAAAAAGAAAAGGAAUGUUUUAACUUAUUUACAGACAAAUGUAACAUUAAAACAAAAAUUCGUACAUUUUGUCAAACCUUUUGAAUAAAUUCGUUUAUUUACAUUACGAGUAACAUUAAUAAUGGAUGGAACUGUAAAUUUUAUUUUAUUUUAUGACUAAAUAAUUUUUCGAUAGUUGCUUUAAAUCGCAGAUUGAACGCCGGACUUCUUUGCAACGAAUGAACAUUUUAGUUCAAGUUGAAAUUGUAGGAUCGAGUUUUCAAUAUCGACGACUGUAGUUCGUUUCCUUCACGGAACGAUUUUCAACGGACGAAAAAUGGUGCCGACGAUGCCGCCUGAUUCGCAUAAAAUUUCAUUGAAGAUCAUCGACGCGAUAAAACAGCACCCGGUUUUAUAUAGUGCCGAAGUGAAGGGUUCUUCGAUUAAGCUUCAGGAAUUUCGGCAGAAGGUCUGGAAGAGGAUUUCUGAUGAACUUGGUCUCGAUCCUACCUGGGUGAGAUUAAGAUGGAAAAACUUAAGGGAUACCUAUUGUCGCAUACUUAAAUACAAGAAUAGAACGGAAAAGGGAGUUCGUAGAAAAAAAUGGAUUUUUGAAGAUCAUCUGAGCUUCUUAAAAUUUCCAUAUGAAUCGGAUUAUCAACCGCAAAGUAUAGAAUUAACAGAAGAGUACAUUCAAGAUAUUAAUACUGGUGGAAUCAGUUCUGAAGGUUUAUUGGAGCAAUUGGAAGAUCGCAAUGAUGAAGAUUAUAGCGAAUACUUGGAAGUUUUGGAAGAAACAACUGCGGAUCCAGUUUUAGAUUGUGAUUCCUUAGAAUUGAAUGAUAAUGAAGACGAUGUGGUAAAAAGUCGAGAGAUAGAAGAAACAAUACAAAAUGAUAUUGACAUGUACACGCAACAAAUUCAAUCAAAAUAUAGAAAAAUAAGACCAAAGAAGAUGAAAGUUGAACCAUCAGAAGUGCCUACAACCUAUAGUCUCAUAAAAACCUCACCUUUUAAGAGUAGAACAAUUGAUACACCAAUUUUUGUUACUGCACCAGCUGCAAACAGUACUGUCAAAAAUACUUCCACCAAAGCAACGAACAAUUACAACCAGGUCUACUUAGCACCAGAAGGAAAAAGUAGUAUAGAAUUAUUUUUUGAUAGUAUGGCACAAACUGUUAAACGACUUCCUUCAAAAGUGCAAGCUGACAUUAAAAUGAAUAUUUGUAAGAUUGUAACAGAAGCAGAGCUCAGAUAUUCUGGAUGCAAUAGAUCACAAGGAAAAUCUCUUCCUUUUCCUACAGUAGACAUACGACAAACAGGACAUUUUUUCUUAAAGUAAUUAUUAAGUAAUUAUCAAAUUCAUACUGAUCAAUGUAUUUAGUAAUUUUUUUUUUCUAAAUAAGAUCGUAAUUUAGAUCGAUCUAAAAAAGAUCGGAGUAUGAUGAUUUUUACUGUAACAUUUGUGAGAUGUUGAAUAUAUUUUUUGGAUAAUGGAUCAAACGUUAAUGCUUUUGUCAUUGUGCCUUCUUAUUUUCAAUAUUCAUAUAUACUUGUAGUAGUGCUCACACUAAAAAUAGCGACAUAGAAAGUCAAUAUCAAAUAUGUAUCUACAUGCUUUUAUAACAAAUUGCUUGAAUAUCAUAAUACAUAUCAAUAUCAGUCAAUAAAUUCUCUACUUUACCUCA